AUAUAUGUUAACAGCCAAAUUUCUCAAGUCAUUCUGUAGAGAAGAUACCUUCCAGAAUAGAAACACAGCAAGCAAGCGUUGCGCUUUCCGUAAAAAACAACACGGUAUGGUCCGGUUUUUCUCUUGUGGAGCGUUUUUCGCAAUUUUAGCUUGCACACUUGGCGAAGAGUUGCCGACAGCAACUGGAUUCACCAAAUGCAUACGUUUAGUCUGGGACACGCCAGCUGGAAGCAUAACUAUAGACUGCAGCAAAUCAUGCCAAGGUGAACAUCAACCAAAUGCAACCCUGUGUCUUGUCGAGUCACAUGGCUUUAGGUAUUUCUACAAGUGGAUAUUACGUAAAUACAAUCCCUCGUGUGACAUAAACUCAUCAAACUAACUGCACACUGCCUAACG